UGUUUUUCACCAGGUUUGGAGAUUUUGUAGAAAAUACUCACAUGUGCAAAGUCCCGAGGACAGUUUAUAGCAAAACGUUGGCUAACUGCUGCACUUCAGAGGUGAAAAGUAAGUUGCAUGAUGAGUGAUCUGUGCUGAAGCUGAAAAAAGAACAAAUCUGUAGAUACCUUACAACUAAACCAGGAUAAUUUCCAAAUCUCAAAUGAUUAAUGAAAGAUCUUAGUUGAUGAGGACUUGGAGGGAAAAAAAACAGCCAUGCUCAGAUUGGUUAAUGAUGAUUGCAUUGUUGGCAUGUUUUUAUGAAAAGAAAGCUGCAAAAGAAUGCACAAAAGUGUGGAAAAGAGGGGCGGAGGGGCCCUCUGAAGGGGCAGACAAAAAUACAUUCUUUUGAGAGGACUCACACUUUGGACUCCAAACGUUUUUUCUGACACAUUGCAUGAGGAAUGAUGCAGGAGAGGAGGGAGAGGAGAGGAAGGAGGGCGGAUGAAGGCAAAGAAGAAAAACACAUUUGUGGAGUGACAUCAAGCACUUUCAUAGCCGUGAAACCCUUCCAAACACAACAUCGCACUGGAGCAGAACUUUUGGGGGAAACAUUAAAGUGAGGUGGAACGCAUUUAUGUGCGAAGGGAUUAAAGCUCGUAAAGUUCACCUCUUACAACUUGAAGGAAUGGGCAGCCUCCCAGUGGUCCUGCUCCUCUGCAGUUUCCACGUCCUCACAGCUGCAGCGCAAGUUCAGCCAACCGAAACUCCUGAAAGUACCUUGUUGCCAAGUAACUGCAGGGAGGAGAUGUAUCCGUGCACCAGGAUGUACUCAGUCCACAGGCCGGUCAAGACAUGUGUUGGCUAUCUGUGUCUCUACAGCCUUCCUCGUGUCUACGUGAUCAACAAUGAAAUCUGCAUGAGGACAGUGUGCGAACAUGAAGAGUAUCUGAAAGCUGAACUAUGCAGGGAGUUGUCCGGGUGGCCCAAACGCCUUCAGAGGUCGGCGACCAGGAAACGCUGCCAGAGUCGUCGUAGAAACCCCAGAACCUGGAUAAACAAGGCCUGACUUUGCCCCCAAAAAAGGGACUUGAGCAGCUGUUCGACUUCAUCCAGGAGUCACUUUCUUUUACACACAAACAUGCUGAGUCAUAUUUAUGUUUACGUACCAAUACACAAUGUCUGAAAGUUGAAGUUUUACUCAUCUAAAAUGUACUGUAGUAUUGGGCCUAUAACACUGACACUUUCAUGUAGAAAUAUUUUGAAAAUAAAAAUGUUUUUACAACUGUAAAAUGCUCACAUGUGAUCUAUUAUGUGCACAAUUUAGCCAAUAAAAUAUAUAAAAUGUU